AUGCCCCAGCGGGUGCCCCCGGCCUGGCACUCGGACAUGCAGCUGCCCGGGAAGCUGCUCCUGUCGGCGGCCGCGCUGCUGCUCCUGUCCCUGGCCUUCAGGUUUUAUAGGAACCGCUCUCCUCCCCCGGGAAAAAUCCCGCCGGGAGAGCAGCGGGAAAACCGGGAUGGGGAUGGGGCUCUGAGGAGGAGGAGGAGGGAUGGGGGGGACAAAUCUGGGAAUGGCCCCGGGAUGCGGCACGCGGCUCUCUGGGGAGAGAAGAGCUUUCCAAGGAAUGAAGAGGAGGAGGAGAAGGAGGAGGAGGAAGGAGAGGAGGUGGGUUCGGAGCUGAUUCCCAGGAAAGCCCCACUCGGUCCGGUCAGGAUAGAAAGGGAGCUGGGAGGGAAACGGGGAUGGAAGUUGGGAAUUAAGUCAGUAAGUGAAGCAGGGGUUGAGCUGGGGAGUGAUCCCAGGAGCAGGACGGGAAGUGAGCUGGGAAAAGAGCCGGGAAGCAAGCUGGGAAGUCAGCCAGGAAGAAAGCCAGGAAGCAAAUUGAUAACGAAGCCAGGAAUUGAGUCAGGAAGUGAGCAGACAAACGAGCUGGGAAACAAACUGGGAAAUAAAUUGGGAAUUAAGUCAGGAAUCGAGCUGGGAAGUAACCUGGAAAGCAAGCUGGAAAGUGAGACAGGAAUUGAGGGGGGAAGUGAGUCAGGAAUUUUGCUGGGAAGCGAUCUUGGAAGCAAGGCAGGAGUCAAGGUGGGAAGCGAGCCGGGAAUCUCGCUGGGAAGCGAGCUGGGCUCUCACGACCCCGCGGCCCUGGCCAGAGCAUGGAACAGCCCCGCAGGGAGGGAAGAAGUUGCCCCGAGCUCUGGGCGUUCCCCAGGGAUUCCCGAUGCCCGGACGGAGGGGGAUGGAUGCGCCCAGAGCACGGAGCAGGAUCCGGCUGGAGCAGGGAGGAGCAGGGAGGGCAGCACAGGGACAGUCCGGACCCUCAGCGUCACCUCCAGCCUGGGGCUGCUGCUGACGGCGAGCGAGGCAGGCUCGGACACCUCCUACUGCUUCUCCUCGGUGGCCAAGAUCCAGGUGGAGGAGAACUUCAUCCCGGAGCGCCGGGACAAGGACUGGGAUAGCCCGCCCAGGCCUGGCCUGCGGGGCAAAGUCUACGACUACUUCAUGCAGUCCACCUCCGAGUCGGUGUCCAGGCGGACGUCCCUGCCCUUCGUCCCUGCGGGGACAUCCCAGCGCCGCAGGGAGCGGGACCAGGCAGAGCCGCAGAGCUCCGGAACCCAGGGGGAGAAUCCAGCUUUGGAAAUUCCUGAUCCCAACAGCUCCUCAGCUCCACAGGAGGGCAUGGAGAACCCUCCAGAGCCAUCUUCUCCCGGCUGGAAGGGCAGCACCCUGGGGAUCGCCCCCCUGCUCCCAUUGCCCGGUGGGGUUCCAGCUGCAGGUCCUGAGCUGUCCCAGGUGUCACCCCCCGGCCAGGUGCACCUGGGGAACUGCUCCGAGGUUCUGCGCGUGGCCAAGGCGCGGCAGCUGCGGGCCCUGCAGGACGCCGCGCUCCAGGUGAUGAGCAACCACCUCCUGCAGGUGCUGCGCUCCCCGGCCAUCUACGGCCGCCUCAACGCCGGCGAGCGGGAGCUGCUCCCGGCGCUCCGGAGCCGCGGGCGGCCGCGCCUGGUGGUGGCCGAUGUCCCCCCGGCCGAGCCCGGCCACCGCCGCGGCCGCCUCUGCUACUACGACGAGGACGGGGACCGCUGGUGCCAGCUGUGCCAGCUGCCGGCCGAGGUGGCCGGGCGGGGCUGUGCCGUGUGCUCCAUGUUCAAUUACCUGUUCGUGGUGCCCGGCUGGGAGGGCAUGGGCCAUGCGCGGAGCCCCUCACGCCGCGUGCUCUGCUACGACCCCCUGGGCGACAGCUGGCACGACGUCUGUCCCCUGCUCCAGGCGCGGCCACGCUGCCAGCUGGUGGCUCUGGACGGCCACCUCUACGCCAUCGGGGGCGAGUGCUUGGCCACCGUGGAGCGCUACGACCCCCGGCGCGACCGCUGGGCCUUCACCGCCGCCCUGCCCAGGGACACCUUCGCCGUGGCCCACGCUGCCACCGCAUGCGACGGGGACAUCUACGUCACCGGGGGCACCCUGCGCUCGCUGCUGCUGCGUUAUGACGCCCGCGGGGACAGCUGGGCCACCAGCCCGUCCGUCGGCGACAAGGACAGGACGGCCGAGCUGGUGAGCGCCCACGGGUUCCUGUACCGCUUCCAGCUGCGGCGCGGCACCGGCGGCGCCGAGGUCGCCGUGUCGCGGUGCAGCGCCAGCGCCAGGCUGUGGUACCGCUGUGGCAGCCACCCCCUGCCCGAGCCGGCCGGGCUGCGCUGCGCCGCCCUGGGCGGCCUCGUCCACUGCCUCGGCCGCGGUUUCCAUCUCCGCUUCCUCGCCGACCCCGUCUCGCCACGCUUCGGGAACAAGGAGCUGCGGCCCUUCCCGGGCCCCCACGGGAGCCUCCUGCCCGCGGUCCUGGUGCUGCCCGAGGGGGGCACGGAGCCACCGCAGCCCUGA